AAGACUCAAGACUUUGGUAUAAGCCUGACUCUUAGGUUCACUGUGGGUAGCGCUUGGUGUCAUGCUGCCCUGCCCCAUGUUGGUUCUCAUCCGGGCAGCACUGUGGGCACAGAGGGAUGUGGUUGAACCUCCUCACCCGUCCAGAUGUGCACAUCGGGUCCCGGGUUGGGGGAAGUGCAUCUUCAUUCCUGCUCCCUCUCCCCACAAGUGUCCAUUUCUUUCUCCCUUGCUUGGUGGACACAGAAGGAAGGUGUCACUGUGAGGUUAGACCCACUGUCUGAUGCAGAGUUUAAAAAUCUAUACACAGCUAUGGUAGGCAUGUGUGCCACUGUGCAUGGCAGUCCCCAGCAGGGCAGCCCGUGCAGUGCUGACAUCUAGGCAUCCAGUCUUGGUCAGGGCUGAGAAGAGGUACUAGUGGGAGGGUGGCAUAUGUGUGUGCCCUGGGCAGCCCCUUUCCGUGCUCAGUCCACAUCCAGCCCCCAGCGCCAGCCAGGCUGGACUCAUCUGUCCACUGCCUACCUGGAACAAAGGGCACCAGCAACAGCUCCUGGGAAAGUUGUUGGUGACCAUCCUGCAUACCAGGCUGGGAGUGGGAAUGGGGUGUCCCAGCCCUCUGUCCUCCAGGAGUCAUACCUGACCCUGCUAUCUGGGGGCAGUCCCUGGCUGACUAGGCAGUUGCUGACACUGAUGCUUGUAGCUCACAUUCAUGCUCAUACUUGGUUUUAAAGUCCAGGAUCUGAUGCUUGAGGACCUGGGCUCCUCAAGCUUACCCAGCUGGAAAGGUCAGAAAUGGGGUUAGAGUUCAGCUUUGAUUGGCUUUUUAGCCAGUGUACUGAGGAAUCUGAGAGGGAGGAGGUAACUCUGUAAACAGGACCUCUCCUGCUUGGCAGCACUAACUUGAUGACAGGCCAGAUGCCUGGGGGUUCCUCGUGGUUCCUGGAGGUGUGUGUAGAGGGUAAACUCUGCUGUGUGCAGACAAUAGCCCUUUAGUGACCAGGACCCUGUGUUCCCACUGUCUGUCCCCACUUCCUGCUUAAGCAGACACACAGUAAGUGCUAACAUCAGCUGGGGAGAAGAAGGCUUCUUGGUGCCAGCAGGCUCUAGGUGGCCUUGAAGCAGGACAAGGGUCAGCUGCAGAAGAAGGUGGGGCCAAGGGCUGGGGAGUCCUGCUGUGACCGUGGAACAGCAAGGAGCAGGAAGCAGAAUGUUUAAUGGGCACUCUGGGCCUUGGAGCACCUUCCAAGUUCAGGGUCGGGGAUGCCGUGUGUGCCAGAGGAAGGGGUGACAAGAGGGUGCUGGCUACUUCUCAGAAAGGGGCUGCCUGGCCUGGCACUCCUUCAUCCUUCAUUCUUUGUGCUGGCCCUGCCCAAGACUGUCUUGCCCCUGAUCUGCAUGUGGUAAUAGCAGCGGGUCAGGUUGGGUGAGAGGCUUGACGAUUUCCCAUCAACAAGUCCAGAGAAACUUCCUCUGAAAGACUAGAGUGAGGUUUUCGAGUCAUUGGCAGGUUUUUGAGUAAUCUGGACCAACACAUCCCCAUUCUCCCUGCUGGUUCUGCUUGACUGGGUUAAUGAGGCAACAAGGACUUGGAAUUUGAAUUCCCCAGGGUCCCCACACAUCAGUGAUGUGUCAUUCUGGUAGCAUCUAAAGCAGGGAUUGCCUGUGCCAGGUGUGCCUGAGUCCCCAGAGAGGUUCCCAACAAUGAACUUCAGCCGUGCCAAGUCAGGAUCUCCUCACGGGGUCCAGGGACUUUAUUUGGAAACGUAUCUCCAGUAACAUAGCUGCCUGCCCUGGUCAGAGGGGCCGGAUCUGUCAGGAAUCAGCUGUAAACAAAGGAAGUCAGUACCACUCUUUUAAGCAGAAAGGGAGCUGACAGAGUGCUAAGAGAUCGUCUGAGUAGACUCCCAGCACCUACUCUGGCACAAGAAUGAAGACCCCCCAGGCUCCACCAAGUGCUCAGAACACACCACUGUGCCUCUGGUCCUGUGAACCACAGUUCUGCUGGCUCAGCUGCUCAGCUUUCUCCCAACAUCUUUACAACAAGUGGAAUCUUUCCAAGAAAACCCAAGUCCCUCCCGAGCUGCAGCAAAGCACAACCCACUGUGCAACUGCUCCCCACGUGCAGAUGCCUGGUUCAACCUGAGUCACAGGCAGAAGCCCAGACGGGAGGUGUCUGAGGCAGCCGGUGGCAGGCUGAGGAGGCCGGAACAGAAGCCAAUGGAGAGAAUGGCAUGGCGACCGCAGGGAACUGCUGGAGACCACGUGUCGCCUGGCAAAUAUGCUGAAGAGACAUGGCAUCUGUCGAGGGGACCGUGUGGCCAUCUACAUGCCUGUUUCCCCACUGGCUGUGGCCGCAAUGCUGGCCUGUGCCAGGAUUGGAGCUGUCCACACCGUGGUCUUUGCUGGCUUCAGUGCAGAGUCCCUGGCUGGGAGGAUCAAUGAUGCCAAGUGCAAGGUAGUCAUCACCUUCAACCAAGGACUUCGGGGAGGGCGCGUGGUGGAGCUGAAGAAGAUCGUGGAUGAAGCUGUGAAGCACUGCCCAACCAUCCAGCAUGUCCUGGUGGCUCACAGGACAGACAACAAGGUCCACAUGGGUCAUCGGGACAUCCCCCUUGAGCAGGAAAUGGCCAAGGAGGACCCUGUGUGUGCCCCAGAGAGCAUGGGCAGUGAGGACAUGCUCUUCUUGCUGUACACUUCGGGGAGCACUGGGACCCCCAAGGGACUCGUCCACACUCAGGCGGGCUACCUGCUGUAUGCCGCCCUGACACACCGGCUUGUGUUUGACUACCGGCCAGGUGACGUCUUCGGCUGUGUGGCCGACAUUGGCUGGAUCACAGGACACAGCUAUGUGGUGUACGGACCCCUGUGCAAUGGAGCAACCAGUGUCCUUUUUGAGAGUACCCCGGUUUACCCUGAUGCUGGUCGAUACUGGGAGACGGUGCAGAGGUUAAAGAUCAAUCAGUUCUAUGGGGCCCCGACGGCUGUCCGGCUGCUGUUGAAAUAUGGCGACUCCUGGGUGAAGAAGUAUGACCGCUCUUCCCUGAGGACCCUGGGGUCAGUGGGAGAACCGAUCAACUUUGAGGCUUGGGAGUGGCUCCACAAGGUGGUGGGGGACAGCAGAUGCACGUUGGUGGACACGUGGUGGCAGACAGAAACGGGUGGCAUCUGCAUUGCGCCACGGCCCUCAGAAGAAGGAGCAGAGAUCCUCCCUGGCAUGGCAAUGAGGCCCUUUUUUGGCAUUGUCCCAGUGCUCAUGGACGAGAAGGGAGAGGUCGUGGAGGGUGGUAAUGUCUCUGGGGCUCUGUGCCUGUCCCAGGCCUGGCCAGGCAUGGCAAGAACCAUCUAUGGAAACCACAAGAGAUUCAUGGAGGCCUACUUCAAGCCUUACCCAGGCCACUACUUCACUGGUGAUGGGGCGUACCGGACAGAAGGUGGCUACUACCAGAUCACAGGGCGGAUGGACGACGUCAUCAACAUCAGCGGCCACAGGCUGGGGACUGCAGAGAUCGAGGACGCGAUGGCUAACCAUCCUGCUGUGCCAGAGACCGCUGUCAUUGGCUAUCCCCAUGACAUCAAAGGAGAAGUUGCAUUUGCCUUCAUCGUGUUGAAGGAUGACACAGGUGACACAGACGCCGUGUUGAAGGAGCUCAGAUCUGCAGUGGCCACCAAGAUCGCCAAGUACGCCGUGCCCGAUCAGAUUCUGGUAGUGAAGCGUCUUCCAAAAACUCGGUCUGGAAAAGUCAUGCGGAGGCUCCUGAGGAAGAUAAUCACAGGCAGAAGUCAGGAUCUGGGGGACACGACCACCCUGGAGGACCCCAGUGUCAUCACAGAAAUUCUGAGUGCUUACCAGAAGUACAAAGACAAGCAAGCUGCCUCUCAGUGAUGACCUCUAAUCAAGACCCAGUGCCUAUACCCUUAACUGUCCUUCCAGAAUGUAGUUCUCAGAUUUGCUCAUUUCCUGCUGUCUCAGAAGCAGUCCUCUCCCAGAGCAUAACCCAUACUGCCCCCGUGUGAAGUCUGUGCUAAGCCCUGCCUUCUUACUGCUGAGAACCUAUGAAGAGGUACUAUGAGACAUGCUUAGCUUUUGUUUCCCCUUGUCCUGGAUUUGGUUUCCUGGAAUGAAAAUCACUGUCAUCUCCAUUUCUGUGUACCUCCUGGCAGCACAGGAAGAGGAAAAGCCUGGUAACAUGUGCCUGCUCAGAUGACUGAGAACUAGAAGCAAUCAUGUUUUUUUCCCCAGAUGCUUCUAGAUACAAAAGGCAGAAAUUUUAUUUUUGUACUUUUAUAUUUUGGAAGAAUGUACAAAUACACACAUGUAGUAUGUGGAUUUACAUGCACAUGCUCUUUGUAACAUUUAGAAUUGUGAGAAUCUUUUGUUCCUCUGCUUAUGAAAAAAUAUGAAGAUGGUCAGAGGGUACAUUUUUAAUGUUUGGCAUAUUGGGGAAUCCAUAUUGGCAAUGUUUAUACCUCUGUCUAAAUAUAGCUAUCUUGAGAACUUUCAAGCUUGUAGCAUCCUUUUUUUGUGGGGGGUAUAUAUUUCUAUUUCCCUUGGUUUAUGUAUAAUAAAAUCUAACUCUUAAAAUUGA